ACUGAUCCUGCACACUGGGCUGGUGGUUCCUUUCCGCGAAACAUAAAUAUUUUCUUGAUUUUCAGAAUAACUUAUUAAUUAUUUGCUAGAAACAGAAGUUGAAGUCGUCAUAAAUGAGUAAAGGAAAAGACACAGAAGCUGCUGGUGCAGUUCAUCAAUAUCUCAUCAAACAAAACAGACCAUACAGUGCAACAGAUAUAUUCAGUAAUCUACACCAGAAAUAUGGCAAAACAUCUGUUGUACGAGUUUGUGAAGAGCUGGCCAAAGAAGGAGAAAUUAUUGAAAAGAUAUAUGGAAAGCAGAAGGUCUACUGUGCUGACCAGGGAAAAUUGCCGAGCGUAAAUGAAAAUGAAUUAAAGGAGAUGGAUGAGUCAAUUAAACAACUAAAUGACAGAUUGAAGACAUCGAGGGAAAAAUGCAGAGAAAGCGAACAAGUUCUCUCUAGCCUCAACUCAUCCAUUAGCACAGAGGAUGCCAAAAUUAAAAUUACUGAUUUAUCUCAGAAGAUAAAGCAUGGUGAAGAUAAACUGAAGAGUCUGAAAUCAGCAGGCAAUCAUGUGACGGAGAAGGAGAAAGAAGCAAUUUAUAACUUGCAUUCAAAGAAUAUGAAGCACUGGAGGAAAAGGAAAAGAAUGACAAAAGAUAUUCUUGACGCCAUCCUAGAAGGCUAUCCAAAAACUAAGAAGACUUUAUAUGAGGAGAUUGGUAUUGAGACAGAUGAGGAGUACAAUGUGCAGUUACCACAGUAACACUCAGCGAAAGAGUGUGACUUUGGUUAUUUUCCAAGUGUGGUAAAAUGAUUAGAUUUGGGGGAAUGUUCAGCCAGGCUAAGAGGUCCCUUUAAAAAAAAAUUUAAAUGGUAGUCCUGUAUGUUCAUGUGAUCCUUGGAUCCCUCAUUCAAAUAUAUUGCUGCCUCCCCACCCCCAUAUUAUAGCUGAAGGGCUGAAAUGCAAGUUAAUGUAGUGAAGAUUUUUUUGAGGAGUGGGGUGAUCUUUUUCCUUGUUUUUCAAUGGUAGUAAUGUAUAGGAUAAGGUAUAACAAUCUUUAAGUUUUACUGUACUUUCCAGUUAUGUUUCUUUUUCCUUUUACAUCAUUUUUAAAUGCACACCUUGCACUUUUACAUCCUUGUGGUUACCUAGCUUGGUGAAAAUUUUAAUUUUGUAUAUAGAAUGGAAUACAAUUAAUUUUUGAGUUUGCAAUCACAGCCGAAAGAAAAUAAAGAGGGAACUUUUUUAUUUCGUGAAAUUAUCAUUAGGCUGGAGGCACUGUGUUAUAAUAAUAUUAAUAAUAUUAUUAUUUUAGGACUUGCAUUUUGCCAAGUGAUGUUAUUAUUACUUCUGGUCAUUGGAUCUAUAAUUUGACAAAUUGGCAAAAAUUGCAACCUUUUCCAAUCCCUGAGGAGUAUACCUAGCUGUAAUGCAUUACGCACAGACUAUACAUUCAAUGUCACCACUAUCAAAUACCCAUUUAUUUAUUUAAUGGGUGGAGACACACCUAGGAAAUGUGCAUUGCAUGAGUAAAUCAAUAUACUGUAAAACCUCAAAUUGAAGCCCUGGGCUUCUUGUGUUUUUGAGAACUUUGGAUGGGCAUUUUUUUAAAUUGGUUUCUUUUCGAAGCUAUUUUUGCAGUAAAGAAGGGGAUUUCUUUAUAAAAUGAAUGCUGUAAAUUUUGGGAAUUACUACUAUAAAACAAUAAAUAAGGCCACUGUAACAUCAAUCUGUAUAAUGGAGUGUAUUAACAGGCCUUAAAUUACUUGCUGUUGGAUGAAAAUGAGUAUGAGAAAAUUUGGCACUAAAUAUAUUUUCGAAAAAUAGAAACAGAAAUACAAGUAAAUACUUUGUAUAUGUGCUCUAUAAAUCAAACAAAUAAAUAAAGUAUAAAUGUUAUUGUAGAAAGAUGUGAUUGAUCUGAUCUAUGCAAUUGAUGUGUAUGUAAAUAUGGAAAGCAGAUUAAAGGAUAUUCUGUUGUUUUGAACACUAAA